CGUAUGCGUCGUAUUCCCUGCCGCAGCCUACCGUACUAUACCAAUCCACGCACAGUGUUGAAGGGCCCGCCGCUCCUGGUUAGAUACGGCCGAGUUUCAUAGAAUUUGGUCACCGCCGCCGCCGCUCUCUCUUCCAGCUCCUGGUUUGAUGGCUUCUCCCACUGCAGCCGCUCUCUCUUCCCGCUCCGAGAGUCGACCGGCUGUACCACCGCCGGCGCGCUAGUCUGACGCCGCCCCGCCGCUUUCGCUUCAACCUCCGGGAGACGGACGUCUGGCUCUCCCAUCCACGCUCCCUGGUGGUCCGCGGCCGCUCCACUGUGUCGCCGACGCACCAUUUGCCGGAGAGCCGCACUCUCCCGUCGCGGUGACAAGCUGACAAGGUUGCUUCAGAUAAUCUUGGAGUUAACAUUAAGCCCAACCAGGAUGGUUGUCCACAACACCAAUCUGUGCCAGACCCAAUUCAUUCUGACAUAUCUGAUGGAAACUGCAUAAGCAGACAUCAUGGUCCAAGAAUCACAUCCAAAGGAAAUAAUUCAACUACCAUCAUGUCCACUGAUAAUGCUCAAACAGAAUCAUUUUCAGAGGGUCUACCACAAAAUAUGGAUCACUUGGGUAUUUCUUCUAAUUCUGAUGCCGUGCCAAAAAAAUGAUGCAACCGCUGCCUCAGUAAAUCAUUCAGUUCAGGACAUUGCAAAUACGUCCGAAAUAUCAAACGAGGUCAGCGACACACAAACACCUGACAACACUCAAGAAACAGAUACUGAUAAAGACUUAACUACUCCAGAUGGGAACAAGGCUCCAUUUGCUGAAAUCCCAUCACCCACAUUUUCGGAGCAAUAUGGAAGUUUCACUCCAACCUGCACGUUCGGCGAAUACAUCGACAUUACAGAUUCUCCCUACACACCUGCACCAGAAGAUGUUAUGCACAUAGCGCAACUGACGUCUCCAAUUCCAGGAGGCAAGAGCUUCACUGAUCCUGGCAGCAUCAACACAGCAAGAAAAUGUCGGCCUCAGCGUUAUUCGAAGAACAGCGUUAUUCGAAGAACGAUGAUAAAGCAGAAGGAUAUGCAGAACUCAUAA